AUGGGAUCAGCGACGGACGAUUCAAAGCCCAUCAAUGUUGCCAUCAUCGGUGGUGGCAUUGGCGGCCUGGCCCUGUCCAUCGGCCUGCAGCAGUACAGCCACAUCAAAGUCCGCAUCUUUGAAGCCGCGCCGCAAUUCUUCGACAUUGGAGGGGGCGUUUUCUUUGGCGCCAACGCCAUUCGCGCCAUGUCGCUCAUCGACCCAGCCAUCGGCGAUGCUUAUGCCCGCAUCUCGACCACUGCCGGCUGGGCGUCCAAGGAGGACACUUACUUUGACCUUGUCCUCGGCCAGGACCUGCACGGCCAGCCUGCGGGUACAGCCGUCUGCUCGCCCCGGCUCGGCCCGCACGAGAGGCACAGCACCGCUCACCGGGCGCGCUUCAUCGACGAGCUGGCGAACCUUGUGCCUGAGGAAGCUGCCGAGUUUGGCAAGCGCCUUGUUGAUCUCACGCGGGAUGAGGCGCGGGACCGCACACUGAUGAGGUUUGCCGACGGCGUUUCGUACGAGGCUGAUGCCGUGAUCGGGUGUGAUGGCAUUCGCUCCGUUUGCAGAAACUUUGUCUUGGGAAAGGACAAUCCGCUGACGCAGCCGGUAUUUACGGGAAAGUAUGCGUACAGGGGACGGGUUCCGAUGGACAGGGCCAUUGCGGCGAUUGGAGAGGAAAAGGCACGGAAUCGCUACAUGUUUCUCGGAAAAGGGGGCCAUGUUGUCAUAUUUCCGAUUGCAAAAGGCAGAUUUAUGAAUGUCCUUGCCUUUGGCACUUCCAAGGAUGGAAACUGGGAGGGUAAUUGGAUCAAGCCAAUGAACAAGGAGGACUUGGAAGAGGAUUUCAGAAACUUUGGCCCAGACUGCCAAAAGAUCUUUUCGCUCAUGGAAAAUACCGAUCAACGGGGCAUCUUUGACCUCUCCCAAGACAUUCCCACAUUCACGUCUGAGCCGCUUCGUCUGCUCCUCCUCGGCGACAGCGCCCACGCCUGCGCGCCACACCAAGGCGCCGACGCCGGGCAGGCCCUCGAGGACGCACACAUUCUCUCCCACAUGCUUGGUGCGUGCCGCUCCAAACAAGACUUGCUACCCGCCUUUGCGGCGUACGAGUCGGUGCGCCGCCCGCGCACCAGGUUUGUACAGCACCACGGCCGCCGCCAGGGCGAGCUGCUGGACCUGCUGCACUGGUCCGGCGUGGGGGAUGAUGACGACCUGGAUAAGCUCCGCGAGGCUAUUGACGGGUCUAUUCGAGAGAUUUGGAACUGUGAUUUGGAGGCGGAGCUGGCAAAGGCGCAGGCGCGGAUGAAAAAGAGUUUGCUCGGGCUCGGGGGGGCUGAUGCGGCCAAAAAGGCUUCGUGA